AUGCCAUUGAAGCCAGCAGCAGAGUAUCUCUUUUCAGACCAGCUUAUUUUCACAGAGGGACCAGUAUUUAUUACAUAUAGCACGGAAGAAAAAUAUACAUACGUGAAAAUAUACAGAUAUCCAAAUUUACACCUGCACACCUCUAUGUUUCACUCAUCCAUUUCUAAGAGUGAUAUAUGCAUUACGCUAAACAAAGAGACAUACGACCUUGAAAUAUUCAACAAGCAGCAUAAAGAAGAACACAUAUAUAGCGUAAGCGAUCUGAUGGAGCUUUUUGAAGAGCCUUUGCAGGAAAGAGGUGUGUCUGUUCGAAGUGAUGCACAAAGUAAAGGAAAGUGCACUCCUGCAGUGUACAUACAUGGUCAAAAGGUAUUCACCAUUGGUCAUGGGGAUGCUGAGGGGUUCUACUACUGCGCACAGGAAAUGAAGCUGUACACAUACAUUCCUGAGAGCUCAGCGAUUAUUGAGUACCUACUCUUUAGUGUUGAAAGAAUAUACCCAAGAGGAUUUUGUUUUCUAUAUCCAGACCGAGCAUUGGUGUAUCUUCCAGAGAGAAAGUACACACUUUCAAUUGAGUAUGCGCCUAGCUCAAUAAUUUCUUUGUUCUAUGACAAAAAGGCUCUGCGGCAUGUUCUUUCUUUCCACGAUCUGAUUAUGUACAGAAAUCAGUUUAAAAAGUAUCCAGACGGGUUCACUCCAUCAAGAAUCUGGGCUAAACACGCGUACACAUAUCUAUUCUCGGCAACAACUGGGCAGCUGCUUGUUCUGAACUCAAGCUUUGAGAUAGAAUUUGACAUGACAGCAGCAAAUGUGUUUGUAACAGAGGAGCAUGUAUUUAUCUCAAAAAAGGAGAAUACAAUUGCGCAUUACACAAAAACCUUUAAGUUUGCAUUCAUCUUGCCGGGCCUUAUACUUUCCAAAGGAGUUGUUGCUAUAGAGGUUGUGCAAGAGAAAGUAAUUAUAUUUUCGCAGGAGAAUAUUGUCAAGCAAACCACACCCCUUUUCUCGCUAUUUAUAACAGAGGUAAAUAUAAGCACAAAGGAAAUAAAAAAGCUCACUGCAAUUCCACAUAAAGGGAUGGAAACCCAAUGCAUAAACCAGAUUACUGAUUUUACUCUAGAAGAAAAGGUAGAAAAACCAUACAUCACAACAGGCAUUCAGGUUACAUCAGCUGCAAAAAAGAACAGCCUUUAUCUGGUAUUUGGUGUAUCCUCAAGCAGUGUGUUUAUCUUUUGGGAGCACGGGAUGGUGGUUGUUCCUCUAGUGCGUAUUGAAAGGCCAUUUUCCUAUGCAGAGAGCUCUAAGAAGCAGGCUGCUGAAUCGGCAGGGCUGCCCUUCUGGAUAGACCCUGAUACAGGCACUCUCUACACUGUAAAAGAGAAUCUUGUGAAGGAAUCAAUCUUCCCUAUUUUGCUGCUUCUGUGUCUCUCAAAGGCGCUUCCAUUUUCUUUGGUAUUUGGCUUAUUCUCAGAAACACCAGAGUACAAAACAAGUGUAGAGCGGGCUUUGUUCUACUUUCUGCACAAUGAAGAGAUAGAGAUGGCCAUUGACCUGAUAGAUGCAGUUAAAACGCAUGCAAUGGGGACAUACGAGGAGAUAGUUUCAACCAUGGUGCGGCUUCUUGAUGAGAGGAAUACCUGCAAGCUGUAUAGCUUGAUAGAUCGCACGGAGGUUCGGCAAUUUCUGUGCGCAGACUCUCUAAGUAGGCUGCUUGUGCAGGACUUUAGUCUGUUUGAGAGAUUUCUGGACAGCACAAUUGCUCAAAGAAAAGAGCACUUGAUCUACCACUUCAUUGAGUUUGUAUCUAAAGUGGAGGAUGCUGAUUUGCAUGCACAAAUAUUGCAUAAUUUGCUUAAACACACCAUGCUGUAUCUGUCUGGAAUGCUUCUCUCUAAAAUAGAGAAUUUGCCUGUCAGUGGGAAAAUAGACUCUGAGAGCCUAGUUGUCGCAUAUAGAAAAACAAACAGCAUAAUAGAGCAGAUUAAAGAUGUACAGAAUCCAGCAGAUGUUAUACAGGACAUAUUCACAGGAAAAGACUCUCUUCUAACAUCAAUGGUUGCAGAAAAGCUUUACAUGCUUGAAAGCAUUCCUUAA